CAGAUCUGCAAAUAGAUCAAAUCAACCCAUUUGAACUACCCGAACCAUCAAAUCAUCUAGCCGGACUGCGAAAUCCAUUUGAUUUCCAGACAUUUCAGCCACCUUCUUCGGGUGAAAUAAAUACAAAUCAGAUGAAUUAUGCAGAGAAUACAUCUCAAAUAUCAUUGAGAACGGAGUCACAUGUGGCUCAGAUUAAUACUCUAAACCAACCAGGGCUAUUAGCUUCACAAACAUCACAAAUGGCUUCUGUUCCAUUCCAUAAAGCUCAAAUAGCAUCAAUAAACAACCCAGCCUCUUCCCAGGCUGCUCAACAAGCCAUUUCAAGCAAUAUACAUACAAGCAAGUCGAGUUCGACCCCCCAUUCAGUUCGACCAGAUCUAAUAAUUUCUUCGUUUUCAAAUCCUCAAACAUCCAACAAGAAAUUUGAACCAAAAUCUAUCAUCUGGGCGGACUCCAUUAGCCGAGGUCUGGUUGAUCUCAACAUAUCUGGACCCAGGAUCAACCCUCUGGCAAACAUCGGAAUCGACUUCAAUGAUAUCAACCGAAAGGAGAAGAGGAAUGAAGCGAAGAGUUCCCAAACUCGAUUGUCUUCUUCCUCAUCCAUGGGAAAAGCCAUGGGAGCUGGGUCUGGUCUUGGCCGCGCAGCUACGGGUAUGUAUGCCCAACCUCAGAACACAGCAAUGGAGAUGAACCAACCAUACAUGGGAAUGGGGAUGGGUGCGAACAUCGGCAUGACGCACCCAUCUUCGGGAAUGCCUCGGCAGGGUCCUGCCUGUCGUGGUGCUUACAAUCCCAUGAAUGCCAGAGGAGGCUAUGGGCAAUAUCACCCAUAUGGACAUGGUGGGCAUGGUUGAAAACCAUGUCAUCAUAUACAUUCAAUGGCCAUUAAAUCAUAUCAUAUCAUACCUUUUCUCAUAGCCAAAUACACUCCUGACUUAAAAUCUUGUGUUUGAUCUUUAACUAUGCUAUAGUAAACUCCCAAUUUAUAGAUUUUUUAGUUGGGAAAAAAUUAUAAAAAGAAGAGAUUAUUUUUUUAGUUUAGAUAAUAUAUUGCCUGGUGGGUUCCAUACUUGUAAAUGAAAAAGUAGUGAAGGGGAUUGGCCUUCUGUUACCAUCUUUUUUGUGGUUAGAGUGGCCAAUAGUGUGAGUUUUCUCAAUUCAUACCUUAGUGGCAUUCUAUUUAUAAUUAAAAU